UUGUCAUUGUCUAAAAAUGACAGAAAAUAUUUUGUUGAUGUAAAUAAAUAAACGAAAACUAUUUUACAAUACCUUUUUUAUAAUAUCCCUCAAGUAUUUUGCGACCGCUACAUUGCUUUAAAUAGAAAUGACCCAUCCGCAUCACCGAAGUGAAAACUCACCCCUCCUGUUGAAUCCUAAUGGAGAAGAUAUGAAAAACCCGAAACCGUCACGUCUUGCCGAAGCAAUAUUCUUAAAAACAUCUCAAUACAGCUAUUCAACGAUGGUUAUUACGCGUUCUCGAAGUUUGCUUUGCUAUAUGGUUAAAUUUUCGAGUAUAAUUCUUCUCUGCGUUGGUUUAUUAAUGUUUGCAGCUUUUAUGUCCCAGCCUAAAAUGAAUCCUUUCAAGCCGAAGUGUAACAAGGACAAAAUUACACAAAACACAAGCACAUUAUAUAUUCACGUUAUUCAAAAUAAUGUCACGCUGUGUCCGCAACAGUUACAAGAAAUAGAGGAAAUUGCAAUUAAUUUUCCUGGAAAGACGAUAGAAUUAUUUAUUAUAAAUACGGACAAAGAUUUAGAACAGGCCGACAACAAAAAUUCUUCCGCUUUAUGGGAUAAUAAACUAAAAAAUGAUCCAAUAACAUUUCAGUGUAGUACUGGAAUAUUUUUUAAAAAUGUUAAGAAGAGUUCGAAACAUUAUUCUCAAAAAAUCACCGGUGUAGGACGCAGUUGGUACCGUACAAAUCAACAACAAAGAUCGGUUGAGAAUUUUCCUCGUAAUAUUAGUUUUCCUCGGUCGUUUACUAGUAAUAAUAGAGUGAGAAAGCCCAAAAUCGAAACAAUCAACCAGCUUCUAGAUGCCUUUCCAAAUAUAAGGGUAAAAAGGAAUUAUUUUGGCGAAUUAUUUAAUUCUACUCCGUUGGAAAAAACAUGGAAAAAGUUAAAUUUACCAACAGCGAUGUUUGCUGCAAGAACAGUCAGAUUAUGGCAAAGGGGAGGUAUUAGCUUUAGCUUAUUAACCGAAGGUGAUACGUCACACAAGUGCAAAUAUGAGCAGUUACAUAAUACUGGCAAGUUACCCGAUAUCGCAGAUAAUCUUGAUACCAAACAACCGUUAUUAAACUUGACAAUCAAACCAUUGUCAAAUUUCUUUCGCGAAAUCGCAAUUAUCUACAGGAAUCUAUCCAAAAUCACCAUGAUCUCGGUUGAGAAGAAAGCCGACGAUGAACCGCUCAUAGGAAAAUUUAUCAGGUUUGGAAAAUACAGCUUUGAAACUACAGGAAAGGAUGUGGCAACCGUUGACAGUGAGGGGGUGUAUAUGACGGCCAAGCAUCCCUGUCACGAUUUUUUUGGCGAUCUGAUACUUAAACUCAAAAACUCGGAUAAAACCGCAAAAUAUAAAGAUGUUUUGAAUGACAGUCUGACCAAAUAUUGUAUAAAGAAUUAUAUUUAUACAUAAUGUGCAAAUUUUCUUUUUUUACUA